GGUUAUUUAAUUUAUUAUUGGUUGUUUAAAUUUCAUCUUUUUCAUGCAUCAAUUUAUAACCGUACUAUAUGUUCAAUUAUACGUAUAUAUCUUUAUAUUUUCUUAUUUUUGUUUCAGACCAUGUGUGAUCCGAUCAGGUACCAGAGAAGUGCACAACAAAUUGGAAAAAAAUCGAAGGGCGCAUCUAAAGGAAUGUUUCGAACUAUUGAAAAGGCAACUGCCAUCGCAAGAGGAGAAGAAGUCUUCGAAUCUUUCGAUACUCCACGCUGCAAUAAAACAUAUACAGAUGUUAGGAAGGAAGGAACGAGAUUACGAACAUGAAAUGGAAAGGCUUGCCAGAGAAAAAAUCGCUGCUCAACAGAGAUUAUUAGCAUUAAAGAAGGAACUCGCGGCUACUUGGGAUCAUAUUGAUUUUAAUACUCUUUUACCGGAACAAAAUUCAGCUGCCGACAUAACAGCAACGAAGAGUGUGUCGGAAAACAUGGACGUUGAUGUAACUGGACUUGCUCGGGGUGGCACGAGGUACAGUAGUACCAGUAGCCUGAGCAGUGCAGCCACAGCGAGUUCACCGCAAACUCUUCAAACCACCAGCACGACUUCCAAUAUUCACAAUCAAGUUGCGACUGCGGCUGUUGUUUGUCAAACGCAAGGCAUGAACCUUGCGCAAAGUUCCAGGGACAGUCCACCUGCGAGUACGAGUCCUGGAACACCUGUACCUAGCAUUCCUACUCCAGCACAGGAGAAAGUUAACACAUCACCGAGCGGUAUAGUGCAGCAGCCUCACCAGCUGCACCUACCCAUCAGUGCUCAGAUGUUGAACACGAGUCAAGGUUUGGCGACGAUCGUCCCGACUCUUCAGCACAUUGGUCCGAGUUUGCGAGUGAUACCGGGUGACACGAGGCAGCUCCUGGUCGCUCAUACGGCGGGCAACAACGAGUCCAGGCCUCUGACGUUGGCCGUGCAAAAUUCUUCGGAUCAAUCGAGGCCGCUGAUUGCUGUGCAAUCGAACACUGGAAGUGAGCCAAGGCCCGUAGCGCUGGUCGUUCACUCGUCCACGGCCAACGACAACAGGGUAACGUUCGUGCAUUCUAAUCUCUCCAACAACGAUAGGCCGUUGGCCCUAGCCGUGCAAUCGUCCGCCAAUGACGUCAGGCCAGUCACAUUUGUGCAUUCGGCAAACGAGGGAAGGCCGUUAGUUCUCGCCACGCAUUCUCCUGCGCUCAAUGUGACGAACGCUCAAACAAGGAUAAGAGCGGGAGACGCACAGACCACGCAUAAAAUGGUCGGUGGUGUGACACUGGUAGGCGGAAAUGGAUCAGAGCUCACAAGACUUCCCGGUGGCGCAGAGUUGAACAUUCUUCCGGCAAAUGGAUUAACACUGAGCCACGCAGGAGUGUCUCUUCAGACUACCACAGGUAAACCAGGCUCUACAGUGAUGCAGAACGCUCCGUCCACAGAGGGUAUAGCUCACAUCGUUGGUCCACAUACACCUUUAUCCGGUCUGACACCGAUCGUCACCCCGAUGACCGUGGUCUCGCAGGGGAACCAAGUGACAGCUCACAUUCUAGCCCCCUCCAGUCUUGCUGGUAAAAUGAUCACCAACCCGAUUCUCAAAUCCGUGGCACAAAUGCCGAUUGUGAACGCUCAGUAUCUCAACACCACGACCUUGGUGAAGCCAGUUGUUGUUGUAAGUUCGCCGUCAACAUCGACGCCGCAGUCGACGACAGCUUCCAGCACGCAACCCUCCUCGACCACCCAUUCGACCGUCUGACAGAAUCAAAAGCGAAUGAAGUCAGUCUGAGAAAUGGCUGGGGACAAUAUCGAGGCAUGGGGUAACGGAGGUUAUCACCAUAGAUCGUUUAAUCGACACGAAUUUACGUUUCGUUGUCAUGCAUUAACCUUCGCGUGCAUAAACAACUCUGUGUCUGAGGAUCACGUUCGGUCAGACACCAUCAGAAGAGACUUUCUUCUCCUGUUCAUGAUACUAUUAACAACGUCGAAGAAGAGUUUCUUAUUUUCGAACUUCGUGCGUCCCUUCGUUUUAGAGGUGUGACUAUCGUUUUUCGAUAUUUUACCGAUAGCUUAUUGAUACUUAGGGCUACUUUACCGGACCUCGAUUAACUUUAUUCGAUGAUUAAUUCGAUCAGAGUAACAAAUCUUUUAACUAUGAUGUUCCUAACAUAACCUUUUCAGUCUGUACGGUAACAUCAAGUAAUACAUUCAAAUAUUAAAAACAUAGUUUUAAGAUGAAAUACAUCAUUAACUUAUCGUAAUUUGACAAAUGUGAGGGCUGUUCGUGAAAUGAUAAUGAAAAGAUAGGUUAAGAACCAUAGAUAGUUAAAUAUUUUACUGUUGGAUGCAUUUCAGUUAGUCAUUGAUUAUUGUUAAUUGAAGUUAGUUGAAGUAGCCCUUAGCGGUAUAUUGAUGAUAUUGUUAAUAUAUUGGUUAAAGAAUUGCUGAACAUUAAGGACAAGGUGACAUAGAGCUAUGUACAUUAAUUCGAUUCGUGCACACCAUGCGGUGAAUUGUGGGACUAACCCGCGAUAACAAAUAUAAAAUUAAAUUAUUGAAUGAUAAAUUUAUUAUUAUAUAAUGAUACCUUAUCACUGUUAUCAAUAUAUCGACUUAUCGAUAACAUUCCGAUAUUAUCGAUAUUUAUCGAUAACGAUACCGAUAGUCACACCUCUACUUCGUGUUUCAAUUCGAUGUUUAAGCUCUUCCAAAUGGCUGAGCCGACUGAGAUGACGUUGAGAAACCUUUGCUCAACUCGUACAAUUGUGCAUGGUACCUGGAAUCUAGAGAAGCUUUAGAGAAGUACUUACCACGUGAAUCGAACACUAAUCAUACAACAUGGAAUUUUUCUUCCUCGGUAGCAAAAGAAAAUUGCUGUAGUGAAACAUUUCAAAUUCUAUCUAUACAAUGUUUAAAAAUGAUUGAUUCGAAUUGUUAUCAAUUGUAUCGGUAAUUGUUCGUAUUCAAUUAUCUAUCUGAAUCUUCUCUCAGAAAUUGACUACAUACAUACAUACACGUGUAUGUUUUAUUGUAUAUAAUAAGACACUAUUUGCACGAUUUUUAAAUUGCUUAUAUGUCGGACAAAUUGAUAUAUACGACUAUCUCUCUAUCUCUCUCUUUGGUACCUUGUUGCAAUUGAAGUUCAGCAUACGAGAUUGAAACGACAGUGGUUCAAGGGUCACGUUAAAUACGAGAUCGGUUGAAAACGUUUUUUGCAUAUUGUUCGAAAAAUCUUGAAAUCGGAUGGAUCACGGAUACACGCUCGUGCUUUUAAAUUAUCAUUGUAAUAGUGGCUGUGGAGAUACGAUUAUAUCAAACUUUGUCGUAACGCCUACGGAUUACUUUCUAAAAUUAGAUCGUAAAUUGAACUUCCGUUCGCGUCGUACACACGGCAAGGAACACGGAUAUAUGUUUGAUAAAAUAUGCUCAAGUAUUUAUUCGUUUAUAUUUAUUCUACAGAACGCAACCGAGCAUCAAGACGUUUGCCUUGGCUCCUUCAUUUUGAUAUCUUUACCGGGUUUAUUUCGAGAUGGAUUAUCGCUUCAAAGCAUUAUGAGAGCUUUAUGAAAGAUGUGUGUACACUCACGUGCAACUUAGGGUCUUUUUGUUUAAAAAGAGUGUAGAGGUUAGGUAUCCUACAAUAUUACCUGAGUUCAGAUUUAUUUAUUUAAUAAAUGACUUGUUAUGUUGCUACAAAUGGAUUGUAGCAAUGAAGAGGUAAAAUUUUGUCAAAUUUCAAACAUAAAGAUUUUUAUGUUUCAAAGUUUCUUGAUUUCUCAAUUUCGAAAUUGAAAAAGUGCUAAAUCUCUCUGAUCGCAUUAGUAAAAAAGUUACAGGUUAUGUGAUCCCUGCACCUACAAUAACCGUUUGUUAAGUGCAUGUGACUAGAGCUCUAAAGCGGUUUGUUAUGAAAGCGUUCAUUUAUCGAGCAGCUAAUAACACAUGUGCCCUUUCUUACAUAAGUACAAUGUAACAUGUAAGGAAGAUUGUGUCUAUCAAUAGGUAUGAGAGGAAAGCUUUAUACGCAUUUAACGAGUAUGUAUUUAUCAAACGGUUGUGCUUUUAAGCAAGAGAAACCUACGUUGCAUUUGAGUGUACACGUUUGUUAGUUCUAAUCGCAGAUACAUUUUUGCAUAAUAACUAAAACUACACGGAAGAACGAACUAAGAAAAUCUUCCGUUCGCGUUGCAAAAAAUCAGAGAACUAUCGUGUACGUGCAAAUUGUUUACCGUACUAUUUAAAAGAAUUCUUUUCUACACGAAAACAAAACGUUUAUAUUUCAUCUCGCGAUGUUAAUCCUUUGCGGUCCAAGUGUCUUCUAGAUACAAGCUCAGCUAAUUAUUAUCUGAAUCUAACCCUCUCAUGUAUGGUGAUUACAUACGAGGAAAUUUAUAUAAAUUGAUAUUUUCAAUUAUUUAUCAAUUAUACAUGCAAUCAAGGUUUUGUUUUUAGAAAAGUAACCAGUUAUUUCUGUUGUGGUUAAUCAGGGUUUCUAAAAUAUAUUUUGAGUGACGAGUGUAAAGUAAAAUUUGUAGAUGAGAGGGUUAAGAGAUUCAUUACAUCAAAAAUCAUUCUAUCAUAGGUUUUUUAACCUGUAGUGUUGAAUCAAAAUAAAUCCGAUGUACAGUGGACCGUAAAAGGUUAAAGUUUCGAGUUCUUUUAUUUGAUAUACUCUAUGCGAGACCGUUAACGGUGUUUAUUAAAACCGCUUGAAAUAGCGGCGUGAAUGAUAAUGAACCAUCAGGAAUACUAAUAAUCGUGAUAAUGUAUUAUUAUUAGUUUGUUAUAAAUGGUUAACUUAUGAAAUUAAAUUACCAUCUAUCUUUGCUACUGCAUGUUUUGAUAGAAUUGAUGAAUUGUACAUUAAUUUAUAAAUUAUAAUCAAAUUUGAAACUCUAAAUUAAAUUGGCAUACAUGUUUUGUAGGACUUCUUAGUCAGCAAACUGCAUCAGACUUCAUCUUUCAAAAUUGGUCAUAUCGUAUGCAACGAUUUAACAUUUAUUUAAGUUCAUCAUGGUACACAAGAUUCCAUUUAUUUAUUUGCAAUUUGAGAGAAAAAAUUUAUCACAGAAGUGCACAAAAUCAGCUCUCUCUCACGAUUACAAGUCUGUAUGAUGAUUUUUAUACUUUCACGUGUGUGCUUCUGUAAUGUGUUACUUUAUUUUCUUCUCGCUAUAAGGUGAAGAAGAGAAUAGAGUAUUUAUAAAUAAUCCAUGCAGAUUCUGUAUUUGCAUUUCAUUAUUCUUUACAAUCACAUUCUUCCUUUUGAAAUCAAUUUGCUUUAUUCAUUAGUACCAAUUAAAUUUCUUGUCCAUAAAAAUGUAAAUAAUUAUACAAAAAAAAUGAAUCGAAAAAAAAACAGAAGUUUAAAACCGGGCCAAACGACGUAAUCAUUUUUAUAUGCGUGCGUGUGAGUGUGCAUGUGACUGUUAACGGUCUCUUUUCAGAUAUAUCACGAU